AUUUAGGGAAUCAUUUGGCUCGACUCUCUCCGGAUUAAGUAUUAGAGAAUCAUAUACUUUAAAAGGUAAUUCAAAUUGAAUGAAAAAGGCGUAUAAUGAUGAUCUAUAUUACUUUAAUGGUUAACGGCCGAUCAGGGGCUUAUUGGUUACCUCUAAAUGAUAAGUAACCACUCGUUAAAUGGCUUUCUAAAUAAACCUCUAUCGACCGUUCUUUAAAUGUUCUUUUUCGUUUUAUAGAAAAUCUUGCUAAAGCUCAUUCGUAUGAAUACGAUAUUAAAAUAUAAAUCUAGGUUUGGCAUAAAAAAAAGUUUGAUACUAAUGUAAUAGACGUCAAGAGUGCAUACCACAUGAAAAUGUAUGACAUUUUCCAUUAAAAAAACAUCAAUUAGAAAGAUCUGAGAUCAAUAAUGUGACACGUCCUAAUUCUCUCACCGUCUGUAAACGAUGUCGUCUAAAACGUACUAACAUUGCAUCCUUUCACAUGUGAACCUUCUAUAUAUAUCUUCCAUCAUUGGCAUUGUAAAUUCAUAGCUAAAACUCACAAACUAGAGCUUGGCUUUCAAGAGUUAGAAGAGGCUUUAAGAGCUCUUUCUCUCUCAUACUCUUGAUUUCGAUACUUUUUUCCCCGCUCAUAAGUUUUUUCGAUAGUCCGACCAAACAAAUUAAGGCAGAGAAAAAUAAUCCAGAAACCAGAAAGAAAUGGCUCUAACUCACAAUGUAUGGGCAUUUGUGUUCGGCAUCAUGGGUAACAUCAUAUCAUUCGUCGUGUUCUUGGCCCCAGUGCCCACGUUUGUACGGAUAUGCAAGAAGAAAUCAACCGAAGGAUUUCAGUCUCUUCCCUAUGUUUCAGCUCUUUUUAGCGCGAUGCUUUGGAUUUACUACGCUAUGCAAAAGGAUGGCUCAGGCUUCCUUCUCAUCACCAUAAACGCUGUUGGAUGCGUCAUCGAAACCAUCUACAUCGUCCUCUUUGUAACCUAUGCUAACAAGAAAACUAGAAUAUCCACUUUGAAAGUUCUUGGUCUCUUGAACUUUUUGGGUUUUGCUGCCAUUGUUCUUGUCUGCGAGCUCUUAACCGAAGGUUCGACACGUGAGAAAGUUCUCGGAGGGAUUUGCGUUGGAUUUUCCGUCAGUGUCUUCGCAGCUCCUUUGAGUAUCAUGAGAGUGGUGGUACGAACAAGAAGUGUGGAGUUUAUGCCUUUCUCUUUAUCGUUGUUUCUUACAAUUAGCGCCGUCACGUGGCUCUUCUACGGUCUCGCUAUUAAAGACUUCUACGUUGCGCUUCCAAAUGUGUUGGGCGCGUUCUUAGGAGCUGUUCAAAUGAUUCUCUACAUAAUUUUUAAGUACUACAAAAUUCCUAUGGCUCAGAAGACAGACAAAUCUAAAGCCGUGUCCGAUCAUUCUAUCGACAUAGCAAAGCUAACCACCGUCACACCCGGUCCAAUUUCGGAUUCAGCAGUUCAUCAACCGCCUCUUAUUCACAAUGUUCCGGAGACUCAAAUUCAAGUUACUGAGGUCAAGAGCCAAAACAUAACUGAUCCAAAAGAUCAAAUCAACAAGGAUGUCGAGAACCAAAGUCAAGUUUAAGUAGUGAAUCUUAUUUAGAGACUCAUUAAUAAUGCAUUGUUUGAGUUGUGCACUCUAGCUAACUUUCUUUCUACUCUAGCUUUUUCGAUUUUGUGGUUCGUCUCUUAAAAUCUUAGUUCUCCUGUACCACUUUUUGUUCAUCAUUUUCUUUCCAGGGUAUCUGGAAAUUGUGCUAUGUUCAAUAAAUAAGUUGUUUUCUAAAAUAAAAUUAUAACUUAUCUCUGCUCUACUAAUAGUCAUUAUUAUUUGAUCCUCUCUUGAUUGAUCAUAAGAAAAAAAAAUAACAUCAUUAAUUUACUUCCGAGGUUCUACUUUUUAGAGACUAUACCCCAUCAACUUCAAUUGAAAAUCCUUAACAAAUUGGUGCACGUUAUAAGUCACGGCAUGGAUUAGGCCUCUUGAACGAGACAGGCCCAACUUCUAGUGGCCUUGAAACAUUUUUUACGAGAAGUGGAACAUUCCGAAGCAAUUAUAAUCAAACUAAAUUUAACUUAAUGCAAAUGAUUAUAACAUGCAAAAAAAAAAAAAUGAUAAUAAUGGGAAUGAAUUAUACUAGAGAGUAGAAACUGGUCGGGUAAAAUUUCCCUUUGCUAGAGUGGGAUACAACUCUGGUUUACUAAACCCUUUAACAAAAAAAAAAAAACUCUGGUUUACUAAGAAACCCAAACAUUAAAGAGGCAUACUCAUUUUGAGGUUAAGAGUUCGCAACUCUAGAAAACAAACAAAAUAUUUAUAAGGAUCUGAAAUCAAAAUCAAAUUUUCUGAAUCGUACCGUUCCACCUAAGAUUUUGGCCUCGUGAUUUUGCUACACAAAUUUACAAAAGUCAUUUUGAAUCUAACAAUUUCUUUUUUGGUAAUCUAAACCAGAGUUAUACUAU